AUGUCAGGAAAUCCGGGAAGUACAUUGAGGGCAUUGAGUCCGACACCACCUGAAAGAGGCUCAUUUCCCUUGGACCAUGACCAUGAAUGUUCGAAGCAGAUGCAGGAGUAUCUAAAUUGUAUUAAGCUAACAAGGGGAGAAAAUGCGCCUAAUUGUAGGUUACUAGCGAAGGAAUACCUAAGAUGCCGUAUGAAGAAUCAGCUUAUGGGUAAAGAUGAAUGGAAGAACCUUGGUUUGCCUAACGAUGCAGAGAAAACUGAAAAGUGA